GCACCUGGCACAACCCGCUGCUGCCGCUGGUGAACGCGAUGCAGGGCGGGCCCGAUGACCUGGGCAGCGGCAGUGACGGCGAGGACGACAGGUGCCGCCGCUGCAGCCAGCGCGAGCGGCUCUGGGCGUUCGAGGUGAUGCAGGUGCUGCGCGGGGCGACGAUCCUGUGCGUGCUGACGGAGGAGGCGAGGCUGCUGCUGCUUGCGGUGCGGGGGGCCUCCCCGUG